GAGGUCCUCUGUCCCAUCRUCUCUUAUAACAGGAAGAUUGAAGUCGAAGGCGGGUGGCCAAAAUGCCAGAAGAGAUGGCGGACGGUGGGAGGAAGCUUGUGACUCUUGAUGACCUCAUCGAUGCUCUGGACAAGCGCGAGAGGGCGCCGAGCAACAUCCCAAAGGUCGAGACAUUCCACUUCAAAGGGGAACGGGUAUCUGAUUGGCUGGAUCUGACAGAGCAGGCACUAGUGGGGCUAUCAGAUGAGGUCAAGCUCCAACGGGUCCUGAGGUAUGUCCUGCAUACCCACCAUCGGGAAGUGACUAAGGUUGUGGAUGCCGCCGGUGGCAGUUGGGCAAAGUUUGGGGACCUUAUGCGAAGGAAGUCCAGGCUGGGGGACGGCCUGUUGACCAUGGCCGACUUGGAGGCCAUGAAUAAGGAAGAUUUCUCCACCAUUGGGGCAUUUGUGCACGAAUUUAAGAAAAAGGCGAGGAAAGUGCACGGGAUUUCUGAGGAGGCGCAGUGCGCCACAUUUCUGGGACUGCUUACGGGCUCGGAGGCCACAGAGCUGACCAAGUAUGGGGAAGGGAGCGAGAGGCUCUCCUGGGCAACCAUUGACAAGGUGGUGGAAGAAGGGAGUCUGGACCAGGUGGAGCAGCAACAAAUGAGAUUGCAAAGGCGCAAGAGGAAGGAGAGGGAUGCUACCGCAUCCGGGACCCAAGGGGUGAAAAAAAUAGUCACGGACGUGUUGGCAGCACUGGGCUAUGAUAGUGAAGCAGAGAUACAGAAGAGAGGGGUGCUAGUGGCCCAAGGCCGGGCGUCAGGGGCAGUACAUGAGGAGGCUGGGCAAGAAGACUAUGGCGGAGGGGAGACAGGCUCCCAGGUCCUGACUAAGGCCCAGAGGAAGCAACGCAACUUGCUGCAGGGAGGGCAGGGGUCAGGGAAGGGACAGGCUCCCCAAGCCAUUGCCGCACCACCGCCUGUCGCCGCGGCCGUGCCGGCGCCAGCAGGGCCAUCGCACAUGGGGCCGCCACCAACUUGCGGGCACUGGGUGCCGCACUGUCAGUCCGCACCCUGGCCCAGUUGCAACCACUAUGUCUCGUGUGGAGGGAGUCAGGCCCACGCGGAACACAUGGUCCCUUGCUCAGGCCCAUCAACAAGUAUGGGCCCCUCGAGCUACCCGGCGACCCAAAGCCAGCCCCUGGCCCAACCGCCGCCCUCCCAGCAGGCCUCGCAAGCUAGUGUGGCCGGGGGAGGGGGCCAAGGACAAGGCGGGCAGGGCAAUGGGGGCCGGGGUCAAGGGGGUAGAGGAGGGGGCGACUGGGGGCGAGGAGGAAAUGGUGGAGGCCGUGGAGGAGGCUGGAAUGGUCAAGGGGGUCAGAACCAAGGUGGCCAAGGCAGCCAGGGAGGAGGCCAGGGGUAUGGGAGGCCUCGCUUUGACUGGCGGAACGUGACUUGUUGGCAUUGCGGCGAGGUGGGCCACACCGUGCGAUUUUGCCAACAGCGGCGGGACGAUGAGCUGGCAGGAUUAAUCUCCACCUGUAUGGAUGGGGAUAUAUAUGACCAGUGGGGAAAGCAUAUUGAUCCUAAGACCCCGGGAGGAAUUAGGCAAGAAGCCCUCAGGCAGGCAGCGGCAAGGCAUCCAGCAGCCCCGACAAUGUUCAGGAUAUGGCAGGAUAGGCAAGACUCCGGCGUAAGAGUCGAGGAGAUUGUGGGUGAGAGCGAGGAAGUGACUCAGCAGCUGAAGGCGGGGACCAUAAAGGAGGAGCCCAUAGUUGUUGAGUCCAACAAAGAGGCGCAGGAGGCGGCGAGAGAGUCGGCCUCGACCAUCCUGAAGAGGAUGGAGGAUCUGCUUGCAAAGGUGGGCAUAUACCAAGAACGAUUAAGGGUGAUGUGCGGGGAGGCCCGGGAGUGGGAAAUGAACCUUCCUGAGAUGAUGCUCUAUGGAUCCGGUCCGGAAUCGCCAUCAGGGCCGCAAGGGUGUCCAAGUGUGGCGACGACCGGGGCAGGUCCUAGGUCAGGGAUGACCUUCAUACCCCCUACGUCGCAUGGAAGGGCACCACAGGCCGCGCAGACUAGGGGCCAAAGUAAGACUACCACCAGUCAAGGGCCUAGCCAGGCACCCAGUUGGGCGCCCCCUCGAAAGGACCCUGAGCCCGAACGAAAAAAGGAAGUGGUAGAGGUUCGAGAAGAGGAAGAUGAGGGUGAUGACGAAGAGGACGAGAGGCUCUGGCAGGAGGAGGACCGGAGGGCGGAACAGAGGGCCAAGAAGAGAGGGGCUCAAGGAGGGAUGGAGUCGAGUCUGCAUGACGGCGUGCCAAAAAGGAAGAAGUAUGCAGUCCGGCUGGAGGAAGGCUUUGACGUGGAGCGAAUGGUGGAUAAGCUCCUGGAGGGCCAUAACGAUCUGAUGAACUUAAAAGGACAUUCUGGCGUCAGCACCGAGGCUCCGGGGCGAGCUAAAAGGGCGGCUCUCACGGAGGUGAGGGACCAGCCGAGCAUUGCAAUGGUGGACACGGGCGCGGAAAUGAACAUCAUUCGGGAGCGGGAUGCGACUAUGCUCGGGCUGGAGGUCGACCAUUCGGACCAUGGCGUGUUGCAUGGCGCCAACUGCAAGGCCAUCUUUUGCGGCACCCCAUCUAAUGUAAUGGUAGAGAUUGGGAGAGUAAGGGCGCAGACGUGCUUCUUCGUCAUGCCCGACGUCGACCACCCUAUUCUUCUGGGGAGGUCGUUCCUCUGCCGAACGGAGACCUUGGUCUUCAACAGGCAUGAAGGGACGAUGAUUCUGGCUUUGUCCGAUCCGGCCUGUGGAAACUAUGAAAUCAUUAAGUGCCGGAACACAGGACCCGGAAGCGGGAGGAACAGGCUCAACCUCGGCUCCUUCACCUUCGAGGAGUCUGAAUACGCACGACGGAGACUCCGGGAGGAGCAAGAGGAGGAAGGAGUAGGCGAGGUAUUAUUCCUGAGCCUUAACGAUGUGAAUAAGGCAAUGGAGGUGGUGGCGGCGCAUGAUAUGGCGGACCCUGAGGCUAUCAAGGCAUUGAGGGAGCAGGUCCUGGAAAACCCUCAGGUGGGAGAAGAGGAACUGAUCUAUCGGCUUCGCGGGAGGAAAGGAGACCCUGCGAUGGCCCAGGCCCGAACGACAAACAAGAAGUGCCGCCCGGUCCCCGUGCUUGUCACGGAGGACGAGGAAGCCUAUUAUGAGCGGGAGCGAGGGCUAAUAAGGCGUAUGCGGGAGCGCACGCAGGCAGGACCGUGCCGCAUUAAUAAUGAGAAUGAGGAAGGGCUGAUAAUCGGCGAGCCUGGCUUCCUUUCGCCCCAGGAAAGGACCUUGAUGGUUUCUGGCGCGUAUGCGUUUAAUGACGACGAGCGUGGGAGGUUGGACGUGGAUCAGAUCCCAAUGAUACGAAUCCAUACCGUCCCACACGAGUCGUGGAACCUGAGGGGCGCACGGUACCCGAAUCCGGAUGAGGAGAAGAAGGUGGUGGAUUACCUGGAUGGGAAGAUGAGGACGUAUGUGGCGGAUUACUCCAGUGGGCCGUAUGCUUCCCCCUGGUUUUGUUUUAUCAAGCCUAACGGAACGCUGCGGUGGGUGCAGGAUCUGCAACGGUUGAAUGCAGUGACGGUGCGGGACGCGGGAGGGUUGCCAAACGCAGAUGCCCUGUCGGAAUCAUGCGCAGGAAGGCCUAUAAUCUCACUUAUAGACCUUUAUUCUGGGUAUGACCAAUUUCCUGUAUACCCACCGAAUAGGCCAGUGAUGGCGAUGCAUACGCCAAGGGGGCUGAUCCACAUGAAUGUGGCACCUCAGGGGUGGACUAAUGCGGUGGCAAUGGUGCAAAGACACAUGAUUAGGGCCAUGCAGACAGUUAGCCCACAUAUCACUCAGCCCUACAUUGACGACUUGGCGGUCAAGGGUCCAAAAGAGAAGGAGGAGGACGAAGUGAUGCCGGGAGUGAGGCGGUUUGUCUGGAAGCACGUCCAGGAUAUCGAUCAAGUUCUAGGUCUGCUGGAGGAGCACAACCUGACGGCGAGCGGCCCCAAGUCGAAGCAUUGCAUGAGGGAGGCCACGAUUCUGGGCUUUGUUUGCAACGAAAAGGGGCAGGGGCCAGAUGGGAAGAAGACGGACAAGAUCCUAGAGUGGCCUGUCCCCUUCCAAUCGAUAACGGACGUAAGAAGCUUCCUCGGGACCUGCGGGUUUUGGAGGAGUUUUGUGAAGGACUUCGCCACCAAGACGGAGCAUUUGAGAAAGUUGGCCACGGAGGAGAAGCCAUUUGUUGUUGAGACGGACGCCGGGCCAACUGCCUUAGGAGGGGUCCUAAUCCAGGCGGAUGCUGAUGGGAAGGAGAGGCCGUUAAGAUUUGAAAGUCGCACCCUCAAUACGACUGAGAGGAAUUACUCCCAAUUCAAGAAGGAGACGUUGGCGGUGCUCCAUUGCCUAAGAACCUUCCGGAAUUACAUCUUUGGCAGAAAGCUCAUUUUGAGGGUGGACCCUACCGCGCUGGCGUGUUCCCUGAAAAGUUACACUCCAUCUGACCCAACCAUUGCGAGGUGGUUGACUUACAUUUGGAUGUUUAACUUGGAGCUGGAGAGGAUUCCUGGGGACAAUAAUAGGGCAGAUGGGUUGAGUCGUAUCAACUGGGACGGGGCGAAUCAAGGGUCAAUCGAGGAUGCCCCGCAAGUUGAUGGGUUCUUGGACCAGGAGGAGGACGUCCGCCUCCGCAUAAAUGAGUGGUCGCUGAGGGUGCCUAGCUGCGUCACGCAUCCUAUAUGGCUAGCACCAAGGGGGUACGAGCAGAAGGAGGAGUUGGUCCUCAAGCCCUUCCAGGAAGAAGAUCCAUGGGGAAAUAGGGAUGUUGGUUGGAUGAUGAGAUUGGCAUUGGCAGGGACACAUAGUCUAGCAGAGGAGGUAAGGACGAUAGAGGAAGGCCCGACCCAGGUAAAGGAGCAUGAGCAACGAAUGGGAGGAAUGUACUUGCUCACCAACACGCUCCUGCAGGGGAACUUUGACCAGAGGGGCGCAACCAACUCAAAGGAGGGCGAACUUCUCGUUCCUGAGAGUCAGGAGGACGAGUUCGAAGAGGGAGAGAUUAGGGAGGCCUUCCGUGCUGAGGAGUAUGACGGAAUUUAUCGAGAAUUGGGGUUACUCCUGUCAUGCGAAAUGAGGGAUAAGGACGCCAGUGCUAAGACCCAGAAGAUGAGGCAUUUCUACGUGGUGAGAGAUGGCCAUUUGUUAAUAAAGCGACAGGUUGGGAACCCCAAGAGGAUCGUAUGUGGGAGGAACUGGCAGAUCGAUGUCAUAGCAGCCCUACACGAUGGUAUAGCAGGGGGGCAUAGAGGGGUUAGUGCCACGUGUGCGAAGAUAAGCGAGUUAUACCAUUGGGAUGGAAUGCUGACUAUGGUCAUCAAGUACUGCCAGUCUUGUGUGCCUUGUCAGCAGAGGUCUGACUUUUCGAAGGCAGCCAUGCAGAGGGGCGGGAGGGACACACGGCCACGCCAGGGGCCCCAGAGGAUGGAGGGAAGGGGCGAGCAGCAUGAGCCGCCUAGGAGGGAGCCUAUGCUUGAGUUCGAUGACGACAACAUUGAGCUUUUCCUGGACCACGAGAGGCACGAGCCCAGGGUUGAGAGACGACGGCGAAGCAAGAGGCCAAGGGAACCGGCACCGAGAGAGGCGGGGCUGGACAGGGAGAGGAGGGGAGCCCCAACCCAGCGGGAGGAUGAGCCCGCAGGGCCCGCACUAGCAGAAGAGUCGUUCCCUGCCUGUGGCCUCCGGGCGGUUGAGUUUCGGCGGAUUACGAGUGAGGAGUUGAGGCCGCCCUCGCCACUGCCAUCAACGCAGGAGCUGGACAUACCAAGAGAGACGCCAUUCCGAAGUUUAGCGACUCAUCUUGAUGUAUCCCAAUGGGAGGCCUCACGACUGGGAGAGGGCUCAGUUGAGCCGGCGUGCUACGUGCCAUUGGAGGAGCCCCUCGACCCCGAGAUGGAGACAGACACGCGAGGCCGAGAGGAGCCACAGGAUCCUGAGAUGGCAGCCGAGCGGCCGGAUCCGGUACGACCCCAGGUUGGAGAGGUGAUCACGGUCGGAGACGAUACCCCUCCAUGUUCCCUAGUUCCAGGGCCAGCACAACGUUCAUGGCCAGAGGGGAUUCCCGAGCCGGGCAACGAGGAGAUUCCGGAGUCCCCGCCUGCGGCCACCCUCAUGCCUGAGCAGGAGGCAGAGGCGGAGGAUCAGGGAGUGUGUGAGGGAGCGGGGAUGGAGGCGCCCCCUAACCUCCCAUCGUCCACGCACGUGACUAGGAGUCCGGUCAUCGAGGAGCCUGUUCCAGCGGAGUUACCGCCAGUAGUGCCAUGCGCGAGCGAAGGGAUGAGGGGCGAGGCGAUGGCUCCAGAGGGCCAGGGGCCGCGAGUGAGAGGGACCCCAAGGGAGACCCGCGAGGAGAAGUCCACCCGGGUGCGAGUCCGUCUGGACGAGAUACAUGCGAAGCAAGCUGAGAUGGAGGCGGCAGGGAUAGAGCCGACACCGCCAGUCGAACAUUGUGGGCUAGGUAUGAGAGUCAGAGGGAUGCGGCCCGCCAGAGGCCAUGAGAGGCAGGACCGACAGGCGAGGGGACGAGGAGUAGCAGUGGAAGUCCCUCGUCUGGCCGAGCCGAUUGAGGAGGCGCCCUUGGACGCAGUCGAGAAGGAGAGUGGCGCGCAGGAGUUGCUUAUGGCUAUGUCCACGGAGAGGAGGGGUUCGCGCUUGCAUGAGUUGGCGGCAGCCAUGGGGAUAGGCACUCCACAAGAGGGGUCUCAGGGACUUGACGCUCCAGAGCAUGCCCCGAGGUUGGGAGAGUUGAGGGCGGAGCUGGGCUCAUGGGCCAUGGGGACAGACUCAGGAGGGCCUGACUCGCGACGGCAACAGCGGCAGGUGGUCAUGAGUGAGCCCGCCGCUAUGAGGGGCUCUCAGCCGACAGGAGUAUGCAGGGAUGAGGCGGCGAUGACAGAGAGCGCUCAUGAGGAGGGGCCCCGGGAGUUGGACACACCAGAGCGCAGGCCAGGGAGUGCGGCUGCACGAGGGGGUGAGGGUGCUGAGGCUAUGGGGCCAGGACCGCAGGGCCAUGUGGGGUUGCCCUCGUGUCAUGAGGUGGCUACUGAGACCAUGGGGACGCCUUCGACAUUUAGUUCGCAGGGGGGAAAGAAGAAGACUGCUAGGUGGCAUGAUACCUCCUGUUUUUGGUGCAAGGAGGGGGGACAUAGAGCCGUGAACUGUCCAGAGCUCCUUGAGGAUAAGGCCGAAGGGCGAGUCACGGAGGUCGACGGCAAAUUCUAUGACAGACAGGGCAGGAUAGUGGAGCGAUCUCCAGAUGGGGGCAGGGCCCAGUUAUACAGACAGAACCAUGAGGAAUUGUGUAAGUAGGGAUCGGUCUGUCUAUGUAUUGAUAGGACUAG